GCAUCGACUUUUGAUGCAGGAGUUGAUAUGUGCAGGAUUGCUAUUUGUGGGCAAGGUUGGUUUACGCAGUAGUGGGGAGGGGAAUCACGCAACCCGGCCGCGCUAAUCAUGCAGGACGAAAAAAACUGUUUGGGCUUGAUUGUGUCGGGUCUUUCGCGGGUUGUUUGUCUGCAGUUAUCGUCCAGAGUACCCCUCACAGCAGCAGCCCCGUAUGUUCCCAGAAUCGGUGCUCGUUGAAUGAUGACCUGUGCGGCAUAUGCCUUCCAGGUGGGAAUGGGGGCAUGCAUUCUUGUUUUGCGGCAACGCAAUGACCCCCUCAUACCCCUCGGCCCGGAAAAUGGCUCCGCAUCUCCGCAAUCAAUUGUGGAUCCUGUCAUCUCUGUCUGGACCAAUUGACCUGGCUUGGGUGGGACUUAGGCCUCAACUUACUGAUGUACUCAUACGUACGAGUAUCGAAUUCCCGGAUCACCGAUACCCUGGUCCGCUGGGUUUGACAUCAGACAAUCGCAUUCUUCGGUCCAUUCGACGUGCUUGGUCUGGCCUGUCACAAUUUUGUUCCUGGUCAAAAUUCAGUGAAUGCUGCAUCAGACUAUAUCCCUCACACAGACCUUGUACUGACCUCCAUGUGGUGCAUUGCCAUCCCAAAGUGUGGACCGAGAUUGUCUCGCUCGUGAAAAAAUCCCUUGAAGCCCUGCAGAAUCUCAAGGUUCUUGAUCUCCCUCUGCUGCAACAACCAUGAUUGAAUGCAACGAUAUCCCUGCGACGGUGUCGUGGUCGCAUGUGGUGAAGAAUGUGGAUGUUGAAUCGCUGGGCCGUUAACCCUAAGCCCCCGAGCUCAAACUGACAGCCUGCUGAGCCCGAUAUUCAAUGCUGGGCAGCCUCGCGUGCGACUCCAGCUAAGGAAGUCGUGCGAGUUUAAUGCCAGGC